AUGGAGUCCAGGACAGAACCAACCCCCACACUGGACUCCAGCGAUCAGGGCAGUGAGGACAGCUACAGGGUUCGUCCAGAUCCAAGACAAACUGAGGGCGAGCAAACGUUGAGCCAAGAGCCACAGGCAGUUGCAGGUGGUUCUGCACACCUUGCCGGCUCGAGAAAAAGCGGUUCCAGAGGCCAGCAGACCACGAACGUCAGGGAACGCUUCGUUCCAGAACAAAGUUACAAGACUGACCAACGAGGAUUACCACAAGGUCACUGGCAAGAGAUGCAGUCCAGACUGGUGGCCUUAGAAGCAACUGUGGCAACUUCAAAACAGAAUGCGCAGCAGGAACCCUGGGCUGCGACCAUGAGAGCGCUUGACUCACGCAUCGUCAAACUCGAACGAGAAAAAGGCGGCCCGGAUGUCAGUAGCCUAGAGGACGGGAUCAAACGACUAGAAUCUAUGUUGGAGAAGGAGAGACGCGAGCGCCGCGUCCUCGUGAGCAAACUCGAGACCAAGAACAACAGCCUUACACAAGAUGUUGCGGUGCUGCAAGGCGAGAACGAAGGACUGAGGGAAAGACUCAACAAGCUGACGGGAAAAGUCAGGAGUGUUGCUGAGGGCAGGGCUUACCGAAGCAGGGAAGAGAAGGAACAGAGCUGUUGA